AUGCCCCGGAGAACUGGGAAAACAGCAGAGUCUCACAAUUUUAACCAGCUAAUCACCAUGGAAAACAAACAAACUGAUGGAACUUCCCCAUCUUGUGAAAAACAUUUGACGAAGACUUUACUUCACAAAAUAAGGAUCCGGCCGGAGGUCAAAAGCGUUCUGAAUAAUUCCCGCAAAGCUGUUGUGCGAUUGGAACGACUGAACCUGCAGCCAUUGGUGUCCGCGGUGCGACUGCCGUGCCAAAACCGAGCCGAGCUCUCCGAGGAAUGCUUGGAUUGUUCUUGGCGGAAUGAAGUCAAUGAAAAUGCAUCUGACAUCCUGGAUAUCCAAGAGACUGAGGAUGACAUCGCGAGAACAUCUUGUAUGGAACCACUUCAUCCCGACAGCUUUCCAAAAGCGGACCCACCAUACAUUCUGGUUCAUUCCAGUAAAUCUGACCCAGAUAUCUUUUACCUGGAUCCUGACCGGGAGCUGAUCAUGGUGCUUGAUCUGGAACCGGAAGAUCAGAUACAAGAGUUCAAAUGUGUCGAGCCAACCCCGGAAACGGUCCAAGACGAGAGCGAGGAGAUGGACAGCGAAGACUUCUGCGCUGUGUGUUUGAAUGGAGGAGAUCUUCUGUGCUGCGACCUUUGCCCCAAAGUUUACCACCUGGCCUGUCACCUUCCUUCACUGCUUAGCUUCCCAACGGGUGACUGGACGUGUACUUUGUGCACGACUGACCACGACCCAGUUGACAACUUCUGCCGCGAAGGAGUCAACGUUCCCUACGCUCUGUCCCACCGUGACCAGAGGAGAUGUGAGAAAUUGACAUUACUGCUGUACGUUCACCCGCUAAGCGCUCCUUUCCACGAACCUGUCAGUCGUCAGGCGAGGAACUACUACCAGGUUAUAAAGAGACCUGUGGAUUUGUCGCUGAUCCGCAAGAAGCUGGACAAGAGCAACACUCUGCACUACUUCAUGCCAGAACUCUUUGUCCACGACGUCCUGCUCAUGCUCAAGAACUGCGCUACUUUUAACUAUCCCGACUCGGAGGUGGCCCGGGCCGGUCGAAACCUGGAGGUGUUUUUCCUGAGCAAACUGAGGGAGAUCUUCCCCGACAGGACCUUCCCGUCAGCCAACCAGGACAGGAUGGAGCGGGUUCGCCUGCGGUGGCGGCGUGAGGAAGAGGAAGGAAGAAGGACGAGAUGUUAGCAAG